AUGGGUAUCCCAGGACUCAUCAAUGCCAUUGGCUCGGGGGAGCGCAUUUCUUUGUCCAAAUUAGCCAUCACACAUUUGGAGCGCACCGCAAGGCCCAUCCGUGUUGCAGUCGACAUUUCCAUUUGGCUAUUCCAGGUCCAAGCAGGGCGGGGGGGCAAGAACCCCGAGCUGCGCACACUAUUCUACCGACUGCUAAAGUUCCUGUCUUUGCCUAUUCACCCUCUUUUUGUGUAUGACGGGUCUCACAAGCCCCCUUUCAAGAGAGGCAAGGCGGUCUCCGCACGCAGCUACGGCAAUGCGCCUAUCAUUCGGCGGUCCAAGGACCUGAUCGAGCGGUUCAAAUUUCCUUGGCAUGAGGCUCCCGGCGAGGCGGAGGCUGAAUGUGCGCGCUUACAACGCGCUGGAAUCGUGGAUGCGGUGAUGAGCAACGAUGUCGACACGUUGAUGUUUGGGUCUUCCUUGACGAUUAUGAAUUUCUCUAAGGAGAGCGGCAGCGGGACUUCUGCUUCCACACAUGUCACCUGCUAUGGCAUGGGGAAAGAGGGAUAUCCCUCAAAUGUGCCCCUAAACCGAGCGGGAAUGAUCUUGUUCGCCAUGCUCAGCGGAGGCGAUUACCUGCCAUCCGGGGUGCCCAAGUGCGGGAGCAAAUUAGCGGCAGAGAUUGCCAAGGCCGGCUUUGGUGAAGAUCUUUUACAAGAGAUCACUUCUCAUGGUGCAGAUUUAGGUUUGAGAUUGAACGAGUGGAGGGAACGACUGCAGUACGAGCUGGAGGAAAACGAGAGUGGCUACUUCGCGACCAAACACAAAGCCGUCCGGAUUCCAGAGACCUUUCCUGAUCAAACUAUACUCGAGUUUUAUGCCGAGCCGAAGGUGUCCGGUGAGGAAGAGAUGGCUUCCUUGAAGCGCAAGUUGCGGCAUGCGUGGGAUCGAGAAAUCAAUCCCUGGGAUAUCAGAGUAUUCGCCGCCGACAAUUUUGAGUGGAACUAUCGUUCCGGUGCAAGGAAGGUUAUCAAGCUUCUGGCUGAGCCCCUCGUUUCCUACAGACUCCGUCUUCAGAGACCUGUGUCGACAUUGGCGCCGGGCCAGUCCCUGGCCCCCGACUGCGACAUACCCAUGCUACAGAAAGUCUAUAAAAGUCGGGUCAGUUUUGGUACGGAUGGCAUGACAGAGCUUCAACUGGAUAUGCUCCCCAUCGAUGUUGUCGGCUUGGACUUGUUUGCCGAAGAGCCCAAUCCUCCUCUUCAGUCCCAGGAAAUGCUGCCUUCGCAAAGCACAGUUCACUCAGGAGACGAGGAAGAAGACGCAGAGAUGGCUCCUCCUCCGACGCCCUCAAAAUCCCGCGUGACAAAACGGUUUGAUCCCUGUGCGUCCGAAAAAGUCUGGGUCUUUGACACGGUGGCUCGACUGGGCCUUCCGGAAGUUGUGAAGAAGUGGGAGAAAGAACAGGCCGAGAAGGCUCAAAAAGCUGCUUCUCCAAAGAAGAAGGCGACCAGUCGACGUACAGGGCCCAGGAAGAAAGGGCCCAUCGAUCCGGGAAUGCAGCGAGGAAGUAUUUUGAAAUAUGGCACUCUCACCAAGGAGAAGUCAGAAUUGUCGACUUCGAAACAGACACAUUGGCUGGAUGCUGCCGCUUCGACAUCGUCAACUAAGCACAAUCUAUCCAGAUCCCAGCGCUCAUACUCGCCCCCAGAAUUAGGAGAUGAAGAUCCUUUUGCACCCACCAUGUAUUCCGUCCAGGAACAUAAAAGUGGAAUGCGCUACUCUUCGCGAGAGGUUGAUGAGCUCUUGGGCACAUUUUCAGGUCUAUCUAUCAUGUCACCAGCGCCUGGCGUUAAACGCCAUCCUGUGACGAAUCAGAGUCGGGUCAGAACUCGUCGUGGGAUCCUAGGUGGCGGUGGGGUUGAUCUUGAAGAGUUGGAUAUGCCUGUUAACGGAAGGGAUGUCUGCCCAUCAAACCCUGUCCUGCUCCAGGGGAUCAAAAUGAGUUACUCUGUCUCUCAGCCUCAGGGAACAGAGAAGGACAUUCUUAAACCGCCUGUUCGUUCCACUCUGAGAGGGCAUCAUCCUCAAGAGAAGAAGAAACAGGGCUGCCCUGACCGAGAGGAAAACUUCCAGGUCGAACAAUUACAAGAGGCUGUCAACUCAUUAUCUUUGUCGCCGAGCAAAGAACAUUUUCCUCCCAGAAGCCCGGUCCGGCAAAGUUCACCAAAAAACAUUCCAACCCCCGACAUUCUCAACCCUUCCCAAAAAAACCAGACCACAGGCUCCUUUCUACCACCUGAGCGGCCAAACACGUUGGCCAAUCAUUCUCGUGCAUCAGGUACAAGGUCUUUGGCGACUGGGUCCCAACAGCAGCCACCUUUUGAACAUGCUAUGCCAUCGAGCGAUAAGUCAUGCAAAACAAACCAAAAAAAGACAUCAACACCGAAACCCAAAACGACAUCCAGGCGGGGAAACGACCACUCAGAGCCGCAGACAAUAGGACAUGUUGAGAAUAUCACGACACGUGAUGGCUUCUGGACCGUGGAAGCUGCGGGCUCUGAGCUGGCUUCGGAUUGCCGUCCAGGCGGUGGUCAGUCUAUCCAGAGUCGGGAUGGCAAAGAGGGCAAGAAACGCAUCCCACGGGUUAGCAUUCUUGACCUAACAUAG